UGAAUAAUCUACGGAUUCCAUAUAACAUUUAACAAUAAUAAAAGCAAUCAAUUUUUUGCCCGUAUUUGUUUUAUUUCCCGUUGUUGCCGUUGUUGGUUGUUACUUGUUUCGUUAUUAUUAUUUUUUUAUUUUUGUUGACCAUAUCUAGUUGUUUAGUGUCUAUAUUGUCGACCGCUAAUCGCCAACGGUGCAAUUUGUUGUUGUCGCCAAAAAUCAUAUCUGCCGGCACAGAUGUUUUGAUUUGUCUUUGGACGCGAACGACAUUCCCUAAAAAAACUCGACAAGUCAUGUCCGAAAGCCCGGCCAACGAGAAGUCCGGCAAAAAGCUGAAGCAAGCUUGCUUGCCGUUCAAGCUGGUCAAUUCGCCGGGCGACGACACCAAUUCGAAAUGCCGGAAACGGAAACUCAGCGGCACCGAAAACGACGAGACGAGAGUUGAAAAUCCCAAAGUCGAGUUGCUCAAUGGCGGUACGAAAUGCUUCAUAAAAUGCGACGACGAUGAAAACAGCAAAGAAGCUGGAAGUGACUGUUCAAAUUUUGAAUUGAAAAUUGAAUUAAUCGAUCUUGUUAAUGAUGGUGAUUCAAAUGGAUGUUCGAACAAUAGUAAUGAGAAGACUGAAAACGUAAAUGAAGAGGAAAACGUUAAUGAUAAAGACGAAAGUAUGAAUAUCGACGAUAAUAGUGACAAAUCAGUUUCUAUGAGCCCAGAUCGUUCUCAAAACAGUUCACUAAACAAUAGUACGCCGGAGAAUGGUAAAGAAAAAAUUACUACACCAGUUUCUAAGAAGCUGACACCUAAACAAAUGUCUAAAAAAUUGGAAUCCACUAAAAAACAAGAAGAACGUUUGAAAAUGAAACAAGAAAAAGAAAAGGCACGAGAGGAAAAACUUCGUUUGAAGCAAUUAGAAAAGGAUAAGAAAAAAGAAGCCGAAGCAGAAGCGAAACGACAACGUGAAUUAGAGAAAGAAAAUGAACGAAAACAAAAAGAAGAAGAAAGGAAAGCUAAAGAGUUGGAGAAGGAAAAGGAAAGGAAAAAAAAGGAAGAAGAAAAAAGAAUUAAAGACCUAGAAAAGGAAAAUGAAAGAAAACAAAAAGAAGAAGAAAGAAAACAGAGAGAAGAAGAAAAAAAGGUGAAAGAAUUAGAAAAAGAAAAGGAAAAGGAAGAAAAAUUAUUACGAGAGGAAAUGGAGAAAAAGAAAAAAGAAAAAACUAAAGCUGCUUUUGUUGGAUUUUUCAAGCCGAAAAAUUCCAAUUUUAAUACCGUGAAAAGGAUUGAUGAUAUUGUUGUCGACAAAGAAAAUUCGUAUUUCAUGCCAUUUGAGGCUAAACACGAUAUGAGAGUAGCUCCGGUGUGCCGAGCUCACUUGGAUACUGAUAGAAAGAAAGUGAUGGACAAAUGCCUUAUUCAAUGUGAAAACAAUAAAGAAUCGUUAUACUUGAGACAGUUGAAAAAUGGAAAAUAUAAAUAUUCUAAGUCCGAAGCCACUUGGCCUUAUCAAAGAGAAAACGACAGCGACAUUCUUAUAAUCGAAACUGGUACAAACGAAGAGACUGAUAUGAAAACAAUCGAACUGAGUAAAUGUCCUGAAUCUCGGCAGUAUCGUUGGAAGUUGUUGCAAUUCCAUGAAAACAAGCGUCCACCGUACUGGGGUACGUGGAGAAAGAAGAGUCUGUACGUGAAACCGAGGAAGCCAUUUUCCUACGAUAAAAUUAUGUUCGACUACGAAAUCGACUCUGAUGAUGAAUGGGAAGAGGAAGACCCCGGAGAAAGUUUGCACGGAUCUGACGACGAAAAAGAAUCUGAAGACGAUUACGAGGUGGACAACGAUGUGUUUGUGCCACAUGGAUAUUUGAGCGACGAGGAGGGUCAAGACAACGACGAUGCGACCGAAGAAGCACACCAGGAAAAACUAAAGUUGUUGGGAGAAGAAUUUGAAGCAGAAAUAAAAAAAAAAACCGAACGGGUUAAACCCCGAUUGGUUGGUUGCGUGUGGGUUCCAAACCAUGUUACGAACCCUGAAAAUGUGAGUAAAUCUGUUGCCGAAAUAUUGUUGAAAUAUCGUUGUUUUUGGGAUGGCGAAGAGCCCAUAACUACCAAACCGCCAGUUGGAGAGGAGACUUUGAAAGCUUUUAAUACAUCUACCGAUAGCAAGUCGAUGUUGCCAGAGUCAAUUAUUCCUAAAUUAAUAACUUUUGUACACGGUAGUUCAACCGCCCUGAGGUUGCUAGCUAAACAAUUUCUAGAAGACCUCAAAGCGAAUGGUGAAGACAUCGAUUCAAACUCUGUCAGUUUCCUUCAACCCAAAGUCGUCUGGAGGACUAUAAAAAAUAUUGCUAAAAACACAAACAAUACUUGGAAUGUUAGCAAAGAAAACUUUGAGAAAUACGGACUUCAGUAUCCUGUAGUUUUAAAUAAUGAAACUCCAAAAUCAUCAUCCAAAUCGGUCAAAAAAAUCACAAGUUUUAUGACUGCUCAAAGAGAAAAAUUUGCUGGAAAAGCCCAAGAAAAGUCGGACCAGAAAUCAGACGACAAAGUUCCAGAACCUAAAAAUGAAUUUGGUCCUAAAAAAUUGUUUAACUCAUAUCAAGAGAGUAGUCCAAGGUCUUCUGUCGGCGGUAUAAAAAAAGAAGAACAAAAAAUCAACAUUGUUGGAGGCAAAAAAAGAGUUACACCCAUAUUGUUAUCUCCCAAAAAGCGAUUCAACACAACGUUGAAGACGAACGUGAAUAAAAAAAGAUCUCCGAGCCCAAAAUCGAGUACGCUCGUUGAAAGACAGUCGAGUCCCGAUGACGUUGAAUUGCUAUAACACUAAAAUACAUUUUUAGUAUUUGAUUCGGGUAUUUGUAAUCUUUACAGGUUCACUACACAUUUAUUUAUAUAUAUGAUUUAUAUUUAUCCCAAUUAUUUUAUUUUAUAAGAGGACCGGCAAGUUGUUUCAAUGCCGCUGGACUUCAUCAUUGUACAUAGAUGGUUAGAAUAAAAUAAGUCUUUGAAAUGUUACAUUAAUAAAAAGAAAAUGUUUUUACUAUUCUACUUAUUAGAAGUUUUAUAAAAUGUUUUAUGACCAAAAUAAAAUAAUAUCUUAAACAA